AUGAAUACAAAAGGACUGCUGAUGUUCGCUAUGCUCCUGUGUGUUGUGAUAUUUACGGACGCUGACUCCCGGAAACCGAAAGUCUUUCUCCAAGACUACACCAGCUACAAAAAUGUCUGUCGUGAAAUGGAUUGGGAACCAAGAUGCAACAAGCAACCGCCUAAAGGUUGUUUUGGAAAGGUUGUUGCUUUUCAUGCUAUUCUCUCUAACCACCUGCGGAAUGUACCAAAAAACACAAUAUUGAAACCUAGCAAUGUCCAAGCAAACGAAGGAGGAGGGUACAAUCCAACAACAGGUAAAUUCACUGCUCCUACAGACGGCGUCUACUCGUUUUUCUGGACCUACCAUACAAACAAAGGAUCCAUUGCUUACGUGGGUGGAUAUGUGGAUGGUAAACAGACUGCAUAUAUUGGAAAUAGUGGUCAGACAAGUUUGUGGACGAACACGUCAGGCCACCUCGUCGUUAAACUAACAAAAGGGAGACAAUUCUAG